AUGGCGCAAAAAAACACAAAGCAGAACAUGUCGGUGUUACUAACAAAGCUUGGAGACAGAGACACCUUCACAAUGGCAUCACGAGAGCUCGACUCCAUGGCUAGAAACAUCGAUCCCACCGGAAACCUCCAUUCCUUCAUCUCCGUCAUCCUCUCCGCCGACUCCGGCGACAAACCCGCCGUUCGGAAACACUGCAUCCACCUCCUCGCCGUCUUAUCCCUCUCCCUCCCUCCAAAUUCCCUCUCUCCUUUCCUCUCCAAGAUCCUCACCGGCGUCCUCCGCCGCCUCCGCGAUCGGGACUCCUCCGUGCGGUCGGCCUGCGUGGCGGCGGUGUCGGCGAUCGUGUCGCGCACGACGAGGCCUCCGUUCUCGGAAGCGUUCUUGAAGCCGUUGUCGGAGGCGCUUUUCACGGAGACGGAGGUGAACGCGCAGAUCGGAGCGGGGCUGUGUUUAGCGGCGGCGAUCGACGCGGCGGAGGAUCCGGAUCCGGUGAGGUUGGGGGAGGUUUUGCUUCCUAAGGUGGAGAGGUUGGUGAGGUGUAAGGCUUUUAAGGCGAAGUCGGCGGGUGUGGUCGUGAUCGGAAGUGUGAUCGGAGCUGGUGGUGUUGGUGUUUCUGGUGGUGGUUUGAAAAUGGUGAAAGCUGUGAGAGAUGUGAUGAAUCAGAUGAUAGAGGCGUGGAGACAAGUUCCAGAUUUGUCUGAAGAAGUUUCUCCACCGAGAUCUAAUGCUUCUUCUAAAGGUGAUGCAUGUGAUGGACGUUACCCAUUUAAAAGCUCUAGAGUUGUAUCAACACCUGGUAAACCAAGAACGACUUCACCAGGGAGCUCACUAGCCACCACCACGGCUAGGAAACGGACUAAUGUAAAGAGUAGUGAUCAGAGGAAGACAAGUUUACCGUCACGUGCUAAAUCAAACGUGAGGAGGAGAUUGGACUGGAAAGCUGGAGGAGGAGGUGAGCCUCUUGAAGAAGAAUCUCUUGAGCAUAAUGAGAACACAAAGGAAGUGAGUUACUCUAAUCAAGAGAAGAUGCAGAAACUUGGAAGUGUUGUCUUGUCUGAAAACCAGAAUAGUUUUAACUGCCAAGGGUUUGAAGAUAUGUCUCUGAUCCGUAGUCAGCUUGUUCAGAUUGAGCAACAACAAUCCAAUCUAAUGGAUCUUCUUCAGAGAUUUGUGGGAAGCUCAGAACAUGGAAUGCGUGCUCUGGAAACUAGGGUUCAGGGACUAGAGCUUGCGAUGGAUGAGAUAUCUUAUGACAUGGCAGUUUCAAAUCGAAGGAUGAGUAACAACUGUUGUCUCAUACCUCCUGGGAGUUUCAUUAGAUCCAAAUUCUGGAAGAAACCAGAUCAGCAGCAUUCAGCUUCGAGGCUGGCUACUCAUAGGAACAGAAAUGCACAAACCAUGGGGAUGCAAGACUCGAGGCAGCGGUUCAGUGGUGCUGCGGGGUUUAUAGUCAACCCAUUAGCUGAAACUCGACCAGAUCAUGGAUCUAGAGGGUUGAUUCACAAUUGA